UUCCGGGACAGCGCGGAGCCUCCACGGAGCUGCUCCUCCCGAUGUGCAGGCGGCUCCCGUCAGCCUGCUCUCACACAUCUGCCCCGCAGACCCGCACACACGCACACCGAGCAGAGGGCCGCAGCUCGGCCCGGGGUCCGCAGGAAGGCUCGGUCCGGACUGACUCAGAAUGGCCGCGGGGCCGCGCAGCAAGGCGGAGGAGGACGCGCCGGCCAGCCGGGCUCAGAGUGACGCAAACAGGAAGUUGAAGUACAUCUCCCUGGCCGUGCUGGUGGUCCAGAAUGCCUCGCUCAUCCUCAGCAUCCGCUACGUCCGCACGUUGCCGGGCGACCGCUUCUUCGCCACGUCGGCCGUCGUCAUGGCGGAGGUGCUGAAGCUGGUGACGUGUCUGCUCAUCAUCCUUCUGCAGACGAGGCUCAGUCUGAGGGAGACGGCCGGCCUUCUGCACGACGCCAUCGUGGUCCAGUACAAAGACACACUGAAGCUGGCGGUUCCCUCGCUCAUCUAUACGCUGCAGAACAACCUGCAGUACGUGGCCAUCUCCAACCUGCCGGCCGCCACCUUCCAGGUGACGUACCAGCUGAAGAUCCUCACCACGGCCCUGUUCAGCGUCCUGAUGCUCCGGAAGUCUCUGUCCAGAGUUCAGUGGGUUUCCCUGCUGCUGCUGUUCGCUGGUGUCGCCAUCGUCCAGGUGCAGCAGGAGGGGAACAAGGAAGCAUCGCUGGCCAACGGCGCCAACCAGAACUACACGGUGGGCCUGGUCGCCGUGGUGAUCAGCUGCCUGUCGUCAGGGUUCGCCGGCGUCUACUUUGAGAAGAUCUUGAAGGGGAGCUCGGCCUCCGUGUGGAUGAGGAACGUGCAGCUGGGGAUCUUCGGCACGGUGCUGGGCCUGCUGGGACUGUGGUGGAACGACGGCCCCGCCAUCGCAGAGCGCGGCUUCCUGUACGGCUACACCGGGAUGGUGUGGUGCGUCAUCUUCAACCAGGCGUUCGGCGGGCUGCUGGUGGCCGUGGUGGUGAAAUACGCCGACAACAUCCUGAAGGGCUUCGCCACCUCCUUCUCCAUCGUCGUCUCCACGGUGAUGUCCGUCUACCUGUUCGGCUUCCACGUGGACUUGCUCUUCACGGUGGGGGCGGGGAUGGUCAUCGGCGCCGUCUACAUGUACAGCCUCCCCAAAGCGCCCGCCGGCUCCCCGUCGCUGAGCUCCUCCUCGGCGUCUUCGGCGUCGCCGAGGGCGGUAGAAGGCGACGAGAUGGAGGCGUUUCUGCCAAAGUCUGCAGGUAAAGAAAAGGGAUCCUGAGGAGGCGACUCCCACUUCCUGUCUGCUGAGGUCCAAACCUUUCACGAUAAAAUAGCACACAGCUGCUCUAUUGUGUCACUCCAAAACCUUCUGCAGUAUUACUCAGUGGCGUCGUUAGGCCUAUUUUAGGGGGGCUGAAGCCCCCCUAAAAUAUUCUUAAGGCCCCCUAAAUAAUUUGGUGUUUUUUUUUGUUUUUUUUAUUCAAUUUUUUUUUUUUACAAAAAAUGCAGACCAAUUCAAUAUAAAGACGCACGGAUAUUAUUUUAAAUAAAUAAUAAUAUAAACCUGUCACUAUUCACUUAAAUAUGAUCAUAAAUCUGUUGGUCCCAUUCACUACAGUAAGGUAGCGUCAGUGCUUCGUUACCCAAUCCGUUCCAGUUUUUUAUAGAGAACGCCCAUAUUACUGAAAAUCCAGUCCACGUUUUCACUGCCACUUUACACUCCGCUGCAUCUACACAUACGGACACACUAGCUACUGCUGCACACAGCCAGACAACAUGGAUAUACGCAGGUUUGUCAAGAAAGUAAGUCUUCAUCACAGCUGAUAGUAACAAUUAGUUAGCUCCAGCUAACAGCAGAGAGUCCCAUGUAAUUAAUGAACCAGGUGCUCCCCAUUUUGAUAAAUAAAAACCUGGCUAGCACACUAAGUUAAACUGUUAGCAUAAUGUUGAUUUCUGUCAAGUUUUAGCUCUGAAAAAUCGAACUCAUCUCAUUCAAGGUGUGGUUAUCAUCAGUGGAAAUAAUAAUAAUACACUAAUAAUAUUCACUCCUCCAUCCCUAUGAACAGUACUGGAGUUGAGGGGGGAUGAGGGGGGAUGGCACCCCCCGAAAUAAAAACGGUACAAAUCACCCCCCCUGUCAAACUGCCAUCCCCCCUUUCCAUCCCUUAUGUCAUUUCAUCAAUGAAUGUGGUUUUACUGCUAUUUCAACAUUUAGAGUCAACGCCAGAAAAAUAACACCAGAAAAAUAACUUAUUUGACAAUUUUCACCUGUUUCAGGUACAUUUUCACUUGAAAUAAGUAGGAAAAUCUUGCAGUGGGACAAGAUUUAUCUUCUUAUUACAAGCAAAAAAAUAUUGUUCCACUGGCAGAUUUUUCUACUUAUUUCAAGUGAAAAUCUACUUGAAACAGGUGAAAAUUGUUUUUUUUUUUUCAGGGAUGAGUAUUGUUUUAAGUGUAAUGAGAUUUUUUUUUACUAAAAUGAGACAUUUUAACUAGAAAUAAGACAAAUAUUCUUGUUAAGAUUUUGAGUUUUUGCAGUGAUCCAUUUUACUUAUCCUGUGAAGGACAGAGUCAUAUUGAUAAGUUCAGAAAACUGUUUUUUAUUGUUGUGUUUUGAUGUAUUUGAUGUAAGCCCAGUGGAUAUUUAAAGCUUACAGAAGGCUGCAUUUAACUGCUGCUAUGUCAUUCCUGCAGUAUUUCUGCAGGUGUUUUGGUCAGUGCUAUUAUUUGUUAUAUAUUAUAUUAUUUGUAAUCAGCACAAAUGAUCUGUCCCCAUAUGAUAAAAUCCACCAUCCCCCCUGAUUCUUUUUUACAACUCGAGUACUGAAUAUGGACCUGUAACACAACUGGUUAGAAUAUUCUGUCAACCAUGCAGAGUGUUUGGCAAAAACAUCAAACAUUAUAGUUUGGUAAGUAGUGGUUGCAAGAACUGGAAGAAAAAACCUUAGUCAUCUUUGGCAUGCAUGAGAUGGCACAAACACAUAAGGACAGUGUUGUUGCAUGGAAAAGCUUGUGCUCGUGUGCUACGUUCGCUCAUAUCUUGGGGGCUAAGCCCCCCCUGUCCUUAAAACCUAGUGACGCCCCUGGUAUUACUGUAAUAUUUCUUGACUGUUGAACGUUCUUAACUUGAUUUAACACUUUAACAAGCAAAGAUUAACUCUUAAACUUACUGGCUGUUACCAGCUGAGCACCUCAACUCCUGUUGCUGCAAUGUUUUUAAAAACACUAACAAACAGGUCAUUUCUGAGAUAUUUUGUUGUGACUGGAUGAAUCAGUCAGACCAGAAGGUUUCUGGUUUUUAUUCUGUAAAUCUUUAUGACUUUUUAACACUAAUAAUUUGAGUAAAACCAAGAGAUAGCCAUAAGAACUAUAAACUGUCUUAAUGCUGCAUUCAACAACAAAGGAAAACUUGAAAUGUGUAACUUCUAGCUACAAAAAAGCUACUGUCUUUUCCAGUUGGGAACUUGGUGAAUGUUCUGUAGUUUGGAUUUAAAAACUAAACUAAACAAACCGACAACCGUUUACACUUUGUGAACGGAGCUGUGAGGACGUGAUUAAAAUCUGAGCUUUUGUAAACAUGUCACAGACAUUUCAUUUCAAUAAAUGGUUUUGGCUUGUUAGAAAAGCCUUCUUUGAACCCAGUUUUCCAGAAAACAUGAACAAAUACGGUUUUAAAAUGUUUUUCCUUCAAACUUAUCUUGCACACAAAAAGAACAAUAGUGAAACAGCUGACUUCAGGGUUCAGUAACUAGCAAAAACAUCUUCAUCAGAAUCUGUCAGCUGAUUUUUAGCACAAAGUUCAACAUUUCAGAUUAUUUGACAACAACAGAACUCUAGUUUUUAUUCUGUACCAAAGAACAAGUCCAACAGAAAAAAGGAAAACCAGGUCCAUGUGGUGUUGGAGACGACGGGUGCGUCCCAAUACUCCCCCUCGCCCUCCUUUUCUUCCCUAACCCUAACUUUUGCGCGUUCCCGUGAAGGUAGUGGUGUCCCAAUUCCUCUUUUCACCUAGGGGGAGGGGGCAUAACGAGGGCUAGGGGCUGAGAAUAGCCCCUUCAAAUCGAGGGAUUUCAGAUGCUGACUUGGCGAGCGAGGGGGUAUGAAAAAAAGAGGCUCUGCGUCGAUUUGACUCGCCGACCGAAGGCAAACAGGCAGACUGGUCUCAGAGAAAUAGAGAGAAAUAAUCCUGUGACUCGUCAGAUUUGUUUUGGAUGUUUCUGAUAUAAUAGUCUUCAGAAACCACAAAGUAAUCCAGCUGUUAUCUGGGUAAUUUACACACUUUCAGAUAAAGUUGCGGAAGAUCACGCCAGAAUAAAGGGAUUUAUGGUUCCGCGUUACACCAACGCAGAGCCUACGGCGGAGGUUACGCAACCUACGCCGUAGGCUCUGCGUCGAUUUAACGCGGACCCAAGCUCCGGACCCGGCAGACAGAAAUCUCUAAAUUUCGGAGCAAAUUUCUUAACAGGCGUAGCUACAACUGUUAGAUUUCAUCUAUUAAACCAACAUAUUCCUAAAUGAUUUAUUUCAGCCGGCGUGAUUCUCAACAGAGCUGCGUCCCGGGAGAGAGUGUCUCUCCCGGGGCUGACGGAGCAGCCUGACCCGGCGGAAACGUCUCUUCUCGGGCUGUGAGCUGAGGCUGCUCCCCGGGGGCGGCGGCUCUUCUCAUCUCCGAAAACAUCGGGUCAAAUUUCUUAACAGGCGUUAUUUGGAUAAACUGAGCCCCGGUUGGGGAUCUUAAGGUUACCAUUAUACCUGAAAAAAUAUUAAAACUUAAUAAAGUGCCAUAUUAACAGCGCUACAGCUGAAAUUAAAACAGCUUUUGGCUCUCAGCUUCCUGAUCAGGGAAGGGAUGAAAACGAGGGGUAGGGGGAGAAUUGGGACAGGCACCUGGGCCAAGUGCCCUAGAUCUCAAGUGCCCUAAAAUCUCCCCCUUCU